GGAGAUCAAUCCUUGAUUACUUAGUCACCAAAAAAAAAAAAAUCCUUGAUUACUCGUAGAGCGUUAUUCUUCGGAGUGGAGCUCGUUUUUCCGUUUCAGUUUCAUUCUGCAUCUCAUGGUGUAUAACAGGGAAGCCAUCUAAAGCAUGAGUCUGAAUUCUUUGGUUAACGAGAAGAAGCUCAAAAGGCAUCACAUUGAAGAGAAAAUUGAUGAGAGUGACAUCAACAUAUAUGAUCUGCCUGACCCAGUUCUUGCGCUUAUCAUAUCUUUCCUUCCCACAAAAGAAGCUAUUCGAACAAGUUUAGUUUCCAAAAGAUGGCAACUUCUAUGGAAGGAUAUCUCCAAAAUUAAAUUGAAAGAAGAAUAUCGCGAAAUACAACUGUUUAGAGAAUUUGUGAGCAAGUUGCUUGUAGUUUGUGAUUGCUUGAAUUUUACGAAGUUCUCUUUCUCAUGUUAUGUUCGUGAGAAUGCUACUAAGGUCAAUGAAUGGCUAUGUGGUUUCAUCAACCCUAGGAUUGAGGAAUUAAGUCUUGACCUUGAACUAAUUGAGAAACCAUUGGUCUUCCCACAUCAUCUGUUUACCUUUGCAAGAUUGACAAAGUUUCAUUUAAAUAUGGAUCAUGUUCUAGAUCUUCCUUCAUCCAUUUUUUUGCCGAGUCUAAGGAGUUUGAGUUUGAAAAACAUUAUAUUUCCUGACAGUUCUUCAGCGGAUCGGCUUUUCUCUGGUUGUCCAUCCUUGGAGGAGUUGACCCUAAUUUAUUGCAAUUGGAUGAAUGUCAAAGCUAUUACUAUCUCUUCUCCAUUGCUUCAGAAAGUUGUCAUCAGAGAUUACAAAUAUGAUGAUGAUGAUGAUGAUGAUGAUGAUGAUUGUGAUUCUGAUUAUCAGUCAGAUGAAGAAGAUGAAGAAGAUGAUGAUGGUAUAGGUAGUCAGAAUGGUUCAAAAUGUUGUGAAAUUGUGGUUGGUGGAACUAAUCUGAAAUCAUUUUCUUAUGGUGGCUUCCCUGGGAAUGAUUAUUCCUUACUUAGCUCAAACUCAGUGAUUGAAGCAACUAUUAAUAUUGACUCACCUCAUGAUUGGUUUGACGACAAAGACUGGGAACCACUCAAGGAUGCUGGCUGUUUUGUGUCAAGCCUUCUUGAAAAACUCUCAUGUGUGGAAAGGCUAAGAAUUACUGAAACUACUUUUUGGGUCUUGAAAAUUAGAGAAUCUUUACUAUGGGACGUACCUGUGUUUUCUAAUUUGGUUGAAUUCCGUUUGUUCUCUGAUUCCCCCAGUGAGUUGUCAUAUGAACCAUUGCUGGAAAUGUUGAAGAAGACCCCUUGUCUCCGAGUUAUUAGUUUUGAGAAUGGGGUAUACAUGCCUAUAGAUCGUGCAAACAUGGAUCCAUUACCGAUGUGUUUUAAGACACACCUGAAGACUAUUAGGAUCUACAAUUGUGGCGGGCUUGAGAAAGAGUUACAUGGAAUAAAAAUCUUGUUGCAGUCGGCAACAGUAUUGAAAACACUUAAUGUUCGUUGCAGGCUUUAUACUUUGGACAAGUAUUCUGGAACUAAAAAGGAAGUAAACACCACCGAGGUGUAUGAAAAGAUUUCAAAGUUUCCUCGAGCAUCAGUGAAUUGUGAGCUUGAGUUUGAUUGAAAAUUGUUCAAGUGAAAAACAGGCAAUAGAGGAUACUUUAUUCCUUAUGGAUUAAUGGUUAUGGUGCAUCCUAAAGGAUGCGUUUAUGUUUAGCAAUCCCAAAACUAGCUUAUUGCUCAUCUCAUAUUAGACUGGUCACGUUAGAAGCUUAUUAUUAUUAUUGUUGUUUUGGUGG